GUAAUGGAUUUCUGUGUUUGAUGGACAUUUCAGCUUUGAGUCAUUUAAUAGUUUUAACUUUUGAGGCGUAACCGUGACAGCAGAAACCCUAAUCCUUCAGGGACAUUUGUUCAGGGGGGGGUUGCUCUUAAAAUGAAAAGGAUAGCAGUGACGUGUUUCUCCUAAUACAUCCAACAAAUUCAUCACCUGCAUGUCAGAAAUGCUGCAGCAGUAACGGACUCUCAUUUGGAAAGAAUUUAAAACCCUUACUAGGGAUGUUUCAUGUUCAACACGGCUGUCUGGUUUUAAUAUAUUUAAUCAGUGAUGCAUAAUUUAUCUCUGUGUGGUGUUUCCAACAUGUUUUUACCGGCACGGUAUUUUACUUUGCAGUACAAGGAACGUCGAAUGUAUCAUCUUUUGAAACGGUUUGCUUUGAAGAGCGGGUUUAUUUUUAACAAGCUGUUAAAUAUUCAGGUAUUCACAGUUAUUAAAAAAAGCAGUGUUUUGUCAUGUGUCUUCCUCGGCUCCGUGUGAGCCGGUGGCGUUAUCGGUUUACAAACCAGUAGUGGGAAACCUUUUAGUGGCUUAACUUUGCAGCUUCCUUCCCGAAGUCUUGUCACUCGUCUUGCUUUCUAUCUGCAAGUUUACUUAAGGUGCACCAGAGGAGACGGAAGAAGGCAGCUGUUAAACAGAGACCAUGCUUACGUUUAAGACCGCACACAGACUCUUUAAUUGUCAUUUAAAUAAAUGGGCAUGUGCAUGUACCUGUGUUCUGCUUUUGCUUUUCUUUCUGAGCGUGAGAAUCUACUAACGAAGCUCCUCCUUUUCUUUCUACACCAAAUGUGGAUGCUUUCUCACACACACCUAUUUAAAGAUGAGUAAAGGUGUGUUCAUAUUUAAGCUUGAAAACAAAAUGAAAUUUGUAGUAGCUUUAAAAAAACAACAACUUUAAAACAAUAUUUUCUUUAUUUUUAGUCUCUUUUCAAAACUCUCCAGGUCACCUUACAUUAGUGUAAUUUAGAAGCAUAUACAUAAUUAAAUAAAAUAAAAGCACAAAAUCUUAGUCUGAUAAGAUUAUAGCAUACAUAGCAUAUGCAUUUAAACAGAUAUACAACCACAAAAUCUCCUAAUCUAUUGUAAAUCUGCUCCACUACAGUUGUAACAUGAUGUCUGGAAGUUAAAACAUUUCAGCUAAAAAAAAAACAACCUGCUACCAGCAAACCGGAAAUGAAGAGCAAGCUUACCAGGGCUGUGUGACAGGAGAAGUCUGGAAAAAGUGUCAGAAGUCACAGGAGUUCAUGGGUCAGAGAGGGCGCCUCAGCACCCAGCCGGCUCUGGACUACAGCGGGCAGGUAGAGGCGAUGGAGGAGGGUGACACAGAGGGGGAAGGGCCCAUGGUGGCCAGAGAGGGACCGAGUGGUCACGGCCACCCUACAGACUCCAGCGGCACCACCACCACCAACCUCCUGGCUUCUGUCAAAGAGCAGGAGCUUCAGUUCGAGCGGCUGACUCGGGAGCUGGAGGAGGAGCGGCAGAUCGUGGCUAGCCAGCUGGAGAGGUGCAUGCUGGGAGCCGAGUCACCAGAAGGAGACAGUAGCAGCUCAUCCGAGAAGUCGUUUGCAUGGAGAUCCGCAGGCGGAGAGUCUCAGGGCGGAGCCACAGAGGGGUCUGGAUGUCCUGGUCGUCACCUGGAAGCAGAGGAGGGACUCUUCCUGCCGGAGCCGGACCGAGCAUCCCUACAUGGCAGUGAGGGCUCAGGAGGUCACUCGGUCCAGAUGACCUCGUAUUCUGACAGCGGCUACCAGGACAGCAGCGUCAGUUACUACAGCAACCAGAACGUAGUGCGUUCGGAGCCCCGAGCAUCAAUAUCCAGAAGCCCAAGAGCAGAGGGUCAAGCUUCUGGGCAGGCCUCCAGCCGGGUGUUACGGAGGAUGGCCUCCCUCCCCUCCAGGAGCCAGUCUCCUGGCUGUGGCACCGCCGGCACAGUCUCACCUUCCCGCAUCUCCCUGCGAACAUCCCAAGGCAGCACGUAUGACUCGCCCAUCCUGUCUGAGCCCAAACCGCUGGCCGCUGUUUUCCCAGGCACUACCAUGCCGCCCUCCUGCCCAUCGCCGACCUCCCCGACUGAGGGCACCCAGGGUAGAGGGGGUGGUGCAGGUGGAAUUGGAGGAGGAGUGGGACUAGGAGGAGGCGAAAGAGGAGGAGUAGGAAGUGGAGGACGUCUGGGGUCCACCCUUUCCUUGAUCGAGGGGAGGGGUUCAAUGGGGUCACCGCUGCGCUCGGGAAUGACGGCUGUGCCGCAGCACUACGGCUCCACCCUCCCCAGGCAGAGCCAGCCGCUGGCGUAUGGCGCCGAUCCAUACGGCCUGUACCAGAGGAGCGCUCUGCCCCGCCCAGACAGCCUCAUAGGAAUGGGGACUCUCCCCCGGACCACAAGCCAUUGCAACACGCUGCCGUACCAAAGAAGCAGCUAUGGGCUGAGCUCUGCAGCUGUAUACGUCGACUCCUUCAGGGUUCCCGGCGAGCCCGUCUACUCACACAGGCACUCUGGACUGGUGGACCAGGUGGUCACCCGAACCCCGUCCAUCGAGAGCAUCCAUAAGGACCCCAGGGAGUUUGCUUGGCGUGACCCUGAGCUGCCCGAAGUCAUCCACAUGCUGCAGCAUCACUUCCCCUCUGUCCAAGCCAACGCCGCCGCCUACCUGCAGCACCUGUGCUAUGGAGACAACAGGGUCAAGGUGGAGGUUUGUCACCUGGGAGGGAUCCAGCACCUGGUGGACCUCCUGGAUCAUAAGGUGGCCGAGGUUCAGAAGAGCGCCUGCGGGGCCCUGAGGAACCUGGUGUACGGCAAGGCCACCGACGACAACAAGGUGACGCUGAGGAACUGCGGUGGCGUGCCUGCCCUGCUCCGCCUCUUCCGGAAAACAACUGACAAUGAAGUCCGUGAACUGGUCACCGGCGUCCUGUGGAACCUCUCCUCGUGCGACGCGGUGAAGAUGACCAUCAUCCGCGAUGCUCUGACCACACUGACCAACACAGUCGUCAUCCCCCACUCAGGCUGGAGCAGCGUUUCUCACCGCGACGAGCACAAAGUCAAGUUCCAGUCCUCCAUGCUGCUUCGCAACACCACCGGCUGCCUGAGAAACCUGAGCUCAGCAGGGGAAGAGGCGAGGAGUCAGCUGCGGUGCUGUGAAGGUCUGGUCGACUCGCUGCUCCACGUCCUCAGAGCCUGCGUCAACACCUCCGAUUACGACAGCAAGAUAGUGGAGAACAGCGUGUGCACCCUGAGGAACCUUUCGUACCGCCUGGAGAUGGAGAUGCCCUCCUCUCGUCUCCUCGGCAACCAGGAGCUGGACACCCUGCUGGGGUUCUCCUCCCCAGCCAAGGAGCUGGAUUACCUCUGCUGGGGCAAGAGGAGGCGUGGCAGGAAGAGAGGCGGCUGGCCCGACUCCAAGUGGGACGGCGUCGGGACAGUCCCGGGUUUCUCCCAGUCUCUGAGAGGAGCAGAGCUGCUGUGGCACCCGAUGGUGGUGAAGCCGUACCUCAACCUGCUGGCUGAAAGCUCCAACCCCGCCACCCUGGAGGGCGCUGCCGGGUCCCUGCAGAACCUCUCUGCAGGAAACUGGAAGUUCUCAGCCUACAUCCGAGCAGCGGUCCGUAAGGAGAAGGGCCUUCCCAUCCUGGUGGAGCUGCUGAGGAUGGACAACGACCGGGUGGUCUGCUCCGUCGCCACCGCUCUGCGUAACAUGGCAUUGGACAGCCGCAACAAGGAACUGAUAGGAAAGUACGCCAUGCGGGAUCUGGUGAACCGGUUGCCUGGCGGCAGUCCCACUGUGCUGUCAGACGACACGGUGGCAUCGGUCUGUUGCACGCUGCAUGAAGUCAUCAGCCGCAACAUGGAGAACGCCAAAGCUUUAGCCGACAGCGGAGGCAUAGAGAAACUGGUGGAUAUCAGCAAAGGUCGAGGGAAAGGAUAUUCGAUGAAGGUUGUGAAGGCAGCUGCUCAGGUGCUGAACACCCUGUGGCAGUACAGAGAGCUGAGGACCCUCUACAAACAGGAUGGCUGGAACUACACCCACUUUGUCACCCCCGUCUCCACUCUGGAGCGGGACCGAUACCGCUCUCAGCCGACCCUACCCACCAGCCCAAUGCAGAUGUCCCCCGUCAUUCAAUCAGGCGGUAGUGCAACAUCCUCGCCAGCGAUGCUCGGGAUAAGAAGACACAGUUCAAACUAUCAGAGGGCCCAGUCAUCUAUGCAACUCGACACAUAUUAUGGAGACAACAGUUUACACAAACGGCAGUACACAGGGUCAGAGAAGAAAACCCCAUAUUUCAUUGGGACCUAUUCCUCCCAGUCAGGAGAGGAUCUGAGAAGAUCCCAGCACCCAGAGCCAUUCUACGACGAACCCGACAGGAAGAACUUCAACAGCUACAGAAUGUACCUGUCGUCCCCACAAGGCUACGGCGAGGAGCACUUUGAGGACGAACCGGCCCACCUGACCCCGUCGUCUCCCGAUGGCUACGCCACCCAGUCGCUCCGAUUCAAAGCCAACACCAACUAUGUGGACUUCUACUCCACCACACGGAGGCCUUCAAACAGGGCGAACAAGUUCACCGGCUCCCCCGACUCGUGGGUGUAGAAAGAAAACAGACGCCAUGGACAUCAAGUCUUCACCACGUUGGCUGUCCGUUCCUGUGGGUGUAUGUGUGCGGGGAGUGCGUUGUGUGGCUGCGUGAAAGGUUGCGGAUGCAUGUGGAUAUGUAUGUGUGUGUCUGUACUGAAACUGUGCUGAAUGACCAGGGCUUGGUUUGCCACGUGCAGCUUUUGACUAAGACCGCACGAUAAUAAUACCCGAAAAAAAAUUAUCCCUUUAUUUUUGACUCCGAAGCUAAAAACAAACCACACAAACACAAAAAAGUCAAAGUUUUAUCAGAGGUUUAUUGCAUAACAUAAAGAAGCAGUGCUGUAUGAAAUUGUUUGCUAGUUUUAUGAGCUUCAGGCUGCAAAACUAGAAUAUUCUGAAAUAUUUCCACCAUGUUGUUUGGCCGUUGCGUACAACUUAUAAUUCCCACACACUUGGCUAGAGGCAUGAACAGUCUAAAAGAUGGACGUAGCCACCGUUACCUUACCCACCCCCCUCAGUGAAGUUCCUUCGAGCUGAGUGUCUUCCGGCUAAAUGUGACAAACGAGGAGUGGAUCUAACGCACCCACUCCCAUACCUUGCUUUAUCAGCCUUUCAUCCUUUUUGACACUAACAGGGACCACAAUUUGCAAAAUAAACACUAUGCUGUAUUCAGUAACACUUGAAAGUAGCGACUGAGACCAUGAACUCAAAUGUUUACUGAGGUUGCAUAGACUUCUACAAUCUACAGUAAGAGCCAGAAAUCCUUAGAGAAGAGUUUGUAUGCUUUAAAUCCCAGAAAGAUUAAAUCAGAUUAAACUGGGAACUCCCCAGUUAUCCAGGACUAUCUCAUAGAACCCCUAUCAAACUGUAAGUCCACAGAGUGGCAGUUCUUGUGUAUAUUUAAGACAAUUCUCUGAUAUAGCUAUGACCUUACUGAGACUCGGUGUGUUAACCAUGAUGUUAAAUUCUGGAAAUCAUCGCCAAGAGUGAACAACCAUCAAGGAUCAAAAGUAAGUCUUGUUGCUUUGAUUAUACUAAAUUGGAUUCUUUCUAAGGAAGAUUUUGCAUUUUAUUUGAUAGGGUUUUUUUUGUAAACAAGGAUCAGGAUGUGAAACAAAUUGUCUUGGGCUUUGCCAUUUCUGCCAGAAGCUAAGUCUACAGACUAGCUAAUGGGUUCCCAAGGCUUAGUCAAAAGGUGCUUUUUACACACAAAAAAAGAAAAAAACUUAGCCCUAACAUUGUUGUUUACUCGAGUGUUUGUUCACGUCAACUGAUUUCAUUUUUCUCUGCAGUAAAAGUGUGCAGUGUGUUGGCUUUAUAACAUAAAUAUCGUCCGCCAGCAUCAUCUUGAAUGCAAGAGAAAAAGAAACUUGCUGAAGCUGAGGAUCACACCUGGGACAAAUUCUAUUUACCAGUUAAAUAAAACCACUACUCCAAACAACAUAAAAGCUGCUCUAAAUAUUAUUUGACCUGGGUUUGGAGAUGAACAUCCUCACUCUCAUGAACCUUUAAAGACUCAGAGAACCGGGGUUAAACCUGUAACCCUCUGCUUUUCUGUAAUGUUGGCCAAAAGUGCAGUAUAUCAUAAAGUAUGUGAAAUAUGUGGAAAAACAAAAGUGAAAAUCUAUUUGUACAGAUAAAAAUGGUUUAACUGUCCUGUUACAUUGUUGUAUUCAAUAUGUAGAACUUUCUUAUGUGAUUGUGAGGAAGAUUUUUGUAUUAUUUAUCGAUUAUUUUUAUUAAUUUAAUUGUGACCUGACCAAAAUACCCAAUCUGUCUGUUCUGUCUAAAACUGAUAAUGAUGAUGUGUUACAGAGGGAAAUAAUAUGUAUAGGGAUUAAAGAUUAUAUCACGAUGAGA